CGGCGGCAGAGGCGUGAGCGGCGCGGGGCGGCCUGGGGGCUACGAGCAGAUAAUUUUGGAACCUGAUGCAUAAGAAAUGGCCGGAAGUCAAGUGAACAUCCAGAUAAGAGCUUAAAGUUUCUCCAAAAACAUCCUUUCUACAAACACCGUGCUACCACGAUGUCCGUACACACCGCGUGUGACCGGAGCGCGGGCGGUGACCUGGGGCUCCCUGCCGCCCCAGGGAGGCCGGCUCUGAGCAUCGUCGCCCGCAGCCGCCAGCUGCAGCCGGAGUCGGAAACGUCAGCACCUGAGGACGGGGCUGCGCUGCUGAGACCUGUGGGGAAAGCCGGAGGCAUCGACAGCACUUACGUAAUUUCUGCCUGUGAAAAACCAGAAGGUGAUCCCCUCCCGCCUCACCCUGCGGGCAGACUGACACUUCAGAGGAGAGUCACAAGGAGCAAAGACUCCUCCUUGCUGGGGGGCGAGCGGGGAGGCGUGGCUGAGAAAACAGCAGAGCCACGGCUGAUGCCACAGCGUUGCACUGAAGCAGAUGCUGUGGAAAAGCAGGAAACAAAAGAAAGUAACCAUUCUUCGCCAGAAACUAGUAUAAAUUGGAAAGUUGUAAAUAACGAUAAAACCUUUUUUGUUGCACCUUCUGUACCUCCAGCUGCAGACCCAAAAGACGCUGAGGUGCAGGCUGCUGAAAAAAACCAAGGAACAUUUCCUGCCCUCAGUGGGGCGGGCGAAGGCGUUGCCCUUGGGUCCUCGAGUGACAGAGCCCCCGUUGGUUCCCGGGGUCAGACAGAAGCUGUUAGAUCAGGGCGCUCGGCCACAAGACCUGUUCAGAGCAAGCUGGAUGUGAGAGCGUCAGAAACAGGAAACUUAUAUCUCAGGAGUGCUGGGAAGGAUGUGGCGAAACUUUCAAAUAAAUGUGAAAGCUUGGAAAAAAGAAUGCCCUCGAAGAGCCUUAUAGAACACAGGUGCACACCGAAGCGAGGCCUGCCUCAGCUUAAGAGCCCGGCCGCAUUAGUGCCGAGAAGCCGAGUGCCCAGCCUUCAGGUUAAACAGAUGCCCAAAAGUUCUCUGCUCGCAAGUAAGAGGGAAAGGUUGCAAGAAAGUACGUUCCUCCUCGAAGAGGAGCCUGCGCUUCGGAAAACCUCUGCAGAAACAGACCCCUUAAAAGUGGAGAACAGCCAGGUGACAGUGGCGGUCCGAGUCAGGCCUUUCAGCAGCAGAGAGACGACUGAAAGGUCCCCCCAGGUGGUCUUCUUGAACGGGGACGAAGUCGCCGUGGAGCACCCGGGCCUGCGACAGGUCUACAGUUUCGUUUACGACCUUGCCUUCUGGUCUGUUGACAAGCGUCACCCCGGCUUCGCCAGCCAGACGGCCGUGUACGCGGCGCUGGCGGCCCCGCUCCUGCAGCAGGCCUUCCAGGGCUACAACACCUGCCUCUUCGCCUACGGGCAGACCGGCUCCGGGAAGUCGUACACGAUGAUGGGGUUUAGUGAAGAACCAGGAAUCAUUCCAAGAUUUUGUGAAGACCUUUUUGCUCAAGUGGCCAAAAAACAAACCCAAGAGGUCAGCUAUCACCUUGAAAUGAGCUUCUUUGAAGUAUAUAAUGAGAAAAUUCAUGACCUUCUGAUUUGUGAAAAUGGGCAGAGAAAGCAAACACUGCGAGUGCGGGAGCACCCCACCUCGGGGCCGUACGUCGAGGGCCUGAGCACGAAUGUUGUCAGUUCUUACUCUGAUGUCCAGGUUUGGCUGGAGCUGGGGAACAAGAAGAAGGCCACUGCCGCCACCGGGAUGAACGACAAAAGCUCCCGCUCUCACUCGGUCCUCACCCUGGUGAUGACCCAGACCAAGACGGAAUUUGUGGAAGGGGAGGAGCUGGAUCACCGAGUCCGGAGCCGUGUGAACCUGGUGGACCUGGCGGGCAGCGAGCGCUGCCCCAUGACGCAGACCAGCGGGGAGCGGCUGAAGGAGGGCGUGAGUAUUAACAAGUCCCUGCUGACCCUGGGCAAGGUCAUAUCUGCCCUCUCGGAGCGAGCCCAUGGAAAGAGAGUUUUCAUUCCUUAUCGCGAGUCUGUUCUUACAUGGCUGCUGAAAGAGAGUCUGAGUGGAAACUCGAAAACCGCCAUGGUGGCCACCGUGAGCCCGGCGGCCAGCAGCGUGGAGGAGACGCUGGGCGCGCUGAGGUACGCCACCCAGGCCCGCGCCAUAGUCAAUGUGGCCCGAGUCAACGAGGACGUGAGCGCCAGGCUCAUCAGAGAGCUGAAAGCAGAAAUUGAAAAGCUGCAAGCGGCUCAAAGAAGCAGUCACAAUAUUGACCCUGAGCGAUACCGGCUCUGUCGGCAAGAGAUAACGUCCUUAAGGAUGAAGCUGCACCAGCAGGAGAGAGACAUGGCGGACAUGCAGAGAAUGUGGAAAGAAAAAUUUGAGCAAGCUGAAAAAAGAAAACUUCAAGUAACAAAGGAGUUACAGAAAGCAGGCAUUACGUUUCAAAUGGACAACCAUCUGCCAAACCUGGUCAACCUGAAUGAAGACCCUCAGCUGUCGGAGAUCCUGCUGUACAUGCUCAAGGAGGGGACGACCACGGUCGGGAAGCGCAGACCCAGCUCCAGCCAUGACAUUCAGCUAGCGGGGGUGCUGAUUGCCGAGGACCACUGCACCAUCAGCAAUGUUGAUGGCACCGUGAGCAUCACCCCGGUGGGCGAAGCAAAGACGUACAUCAAUGGGAAACUCAUUUUGGAACCCACGGUGUUACAUCAUGGUGAUCGGGUGAUUCUUGGUGGCGAUCACUAUUUUAGAUUUAAUCACCCAGGAGGAGUCCAGAAAGGGGACAGACCAUCCGGUAGAGAAACUCUUAUGAGCAAGGGUGCAAAAGACUUUGAAUUUGCAAAAAACGACUUGCUUGCGGCCCAGAGAGGACAACUUGAGGCGGAAAUAAAAGAGGCACAGUUGAAAGCAAAGGAAGAAAUGAUGCAGGGAAUCCAGAUUGUAAAAGAAAUGGCUCAGCAGGAGCUCUCUUCUCAGAAAGCUGCGUAUGAGAGCAGGAUCAGCGCCCUGGAGGCCGAGCUGAAAGAAGAAUCUCAAAGGAAGAGAAUGCAGGAAAUAAAUAAUCAAAAGGCUACUCACAAAAUUGAGGAACUAGAAAAGGCAAAGCAGCAUUUUGAGCAGGAAGCACACGCCAGCAGAAAGCGCUUAGAGAUGGAGGCUUUGGCUACAAAACAGGCUCUAGAAGACCACCGGAUCCGCCACGCAAAAAUUCUGGAAGCUUUAGAAGCUGAGAAGCAAAGAAUUGCGAAGGAAGUACAGAUUCUACAGCAAAACCAGAGCAGCAGGGACAGGCCCCUCACAAUCCAGCCAAACUGGGGCUCCAUGAAACUCUCCCUGAUGAUUCAGGAAGCCAACGCCGUCAGCAAGAAGUUAGAAAAGAACUAUGUUUUUGGCAGACACGUUGUCCCGGAUAAAGGAGGUGGUUCUGACACGUGUGUUCAGGUCCGAAACCUGCAGCUAGGGGUCUCAACCGUCUGGAGUCUGGAAAAGUUUGAAUCUAAGCUUGCGGCAAUGAAAGAACUUUACGAGAGUUACAGUAGUAACAGGAGUGAAGAUGUCUUUUGUGACCCUGCAGACGAGUGGGAACCUGACAUUACGGAUGUACCAGUUUCUUCAUUUUCUAGAAGGAGGAGCAGGAGUCUGAUGAAGAACAGAAGGGUUUCCAGCUGUCUGCUCGACAUCGCGGCCUGCUCAGCCCAGGACGCCCGUCCGUCACGCUCAUCAGGCUUAGCGGGGAAGUCGGGCACCGUUUACCCUGGUUCUGCAGAAUCGCCUCUUCCUGGAGUUUGCAGAGAGUUGAUUGGUUCAUCGUUAGAGCUUCUGGGCCAGAGUUACGGUGAAGAAAACACCGUGGCAGACAGCCUGGUCAGUAAUCUCCUGAGAAUCUGCGAGGGCAUCCUUGCCGUUUCCAAAGCUCACGAGGAACAGGAUGAGGACAGUCAGUGUGACGUGUUCUCCAGCGGGGCCACCCAGUUGCUCACCGUCCAGGUGGCGAGCGCUUUUGAGCAGCUGGUGGUGCUGACGAGGCUCUGGCUGAGGGGUGAGCUCCCUGGAGGCAGCGCUGCGGCUCUGCCGGAUGAGCUGAGGCAAGAGGUGAAAAGACUAGGAGGCUGCUUACAGUUAUUUCUGCAGGGCUGCUCCUCAGACAUUUCGUCAGUGGUGAAGGAGGCUCAGAAGCAAGUGACGCAGGCUGUGCUCCGAGCUGUGAAGCGCGUGGGCCAGCUGGCAGCCCUCAGAGGGACCGAGCUGCACCCUCCGGAGAACAGCGACAGGAGGGCGGCUGGGGGCCAGGAUGAUUUCAUGGACGCCCUCUGUGAUGGCGUAGGCUUGGGGCUGGAGCAUCUGCUGGAUUCUGGACUCGAAAAAGCAGAAGUGUUAGCACGUGAACUCCUGCGGCAGGACACCCCCAGCGAGGUCACCAAACGGAUGAAGGCCAGUGCCGUGGGGUUGAUCGCAUCCCUCGAACACCUCUUUACUGAGUGGAAAACAAAGAGUUUCAGAACACAAGAAGAAAAUUCUGGAUACCAAGACUUGAAGAAGAUGGUUAACCUUGCCCCAGAAUUCUUGAAGUUAAAACGUGGCUUAGAGCAAACCAUUCAAAUGACUGUUUCUGCACUGAGAGGCUGCCGUGGCGACGUGAGCCUUCUCAAGAAUUGUGUCGAGAGUCUCUGCAGCUCGGCCAGAGCCGUCCAGGCUGGGGGCCCUGCCUCUGCCCGUAGCUCUGUGGGGAGCGGGGCUCGGGGGGACCACGGGGCCCUGGGGUCUCUGGCCACCUCGCUCCUCUUGUGUUUUGAAUCUGAAGAAAGACUGGAUCUGCUGGAACCCUGGGACAUGUGUAACCAAGGCCCAGGAGCAGAAGGCUGAGCGCCGUCUGUGGGGGCAGGCCCGGGCCGGGGGAGCGGGGGUGGGUGCCGGGCGUGGAUGCGCAGGUGGCGGAGGCAACCUCAGCGCCCGGCGUGCGCGCAGGAGCCUUCAGCCGCCGCCUGAAGCAGGCGCUCACCGCACUGGGAGGCUGUGGCCAGAGUGAAGGUGGAUGGCCAUCUCUCUGACUGUUCAUGCUUCCAUUUUAAAUGUCUUUAACCCUGAUGUGCAAUCUCUGGUUGGUUCAUUACCCUAUUUCUAAGUGGAUUUUAUGGUUAUCGUGGUAGUUUUAAGUUAUUUUCUUGUGAGUGGAAACCUUUGUGUCUGUGCCUUCUCUCUGCAAACCAUCCAGAAAUCUCAUCACAGCGGUGUGGUGAGAUUUCUGGUGAAGUGGCCAAAACAAGUUUAACUAAGGCAGCUGAACUUGCCUGGCUAAAUCUAAGUCUUUUCUUGAAGGAUUAUUGGUUGGCAUUUUGUGUGGUGUGUUCAGGGCACAGUUUCCUGUUUCUUUCCAAAUUGGAAGUAGCUGCAGUGUCAUGUAUGCUAAUGAAACUGCUUGUCGGCACAGUAGUUUACUGCAUCGUCUAUGGGGGUUCCAUGGGAGAGGCUGUGUGAAUGUGGUUUAAAACCAGCCAAAGACUGCAGACUCACACUCAGCUGCUGGGUGGGGUCGGGAGAGCCGAGGCUGGGUCUUGAUAAUUCUUGUUCUGAGGAAGGUGUGAGGAGACAGCUUGUGCGUGGCCUGAUGCAGAUUAAAGGUCCUUGUGACAUCCCACACCUUAAAAAUACCUUUAUCUCCAAUCAGGUAAUAAAGGUAACAUUCUACUUUGGGGAGCUCCCAUCGAGGAAAUGGGUUGACAUUUUUGACAGCAGGAGGGGGUGCAGUGACUGCUCGGUGACAGGAGCAGCUCGGGGACGGACGCAUCUAAACCACCUGGUUCCCCCCCGCCCCGUGCCCUCUUCGCUCGCAGAUCCCACCGCACACCUGGCGGGGCUGGUGGUGGCGGAUGUUGGUGCCGGGGAUGAACUGGAUGGUUUUCUGGCUGGGGAGUUGGUUCUGAUACGGUGACCAUACUUAUUUACGAUGUUAACGAACCACGUGCUGUGUUUAAAAUGGUGCGGUUUAACACGUUUGCUUUUGUUUUCUUGUUUUAUUUUUGGCAUUUGAGCUUGUAUUCUUGCUGAGGCUCUGUAUUUGUAAUAGUCAGUGCUCUGCCAAGCGGCACCUUUGCUGUCAAGUUUACGAGCAGGUGUACUUACAAGGUUUUUUUCCUGAAGGUUGUUCCUCUUUGGAGAACUUCCUAAAGAAUUAGUGUGAUAGUUUUUAUCUUAAUGUUCAGUAUUUAAUCUCUACUUUGUUUUCUACACUCAUGACUUCACUAGUCAAAAGCUUUUCAGUCUUUGUAAAAUGUGUGUGUGUAUAUAUAUAUAUAUUUAUACCCUGGAUUGUUCCACAAUAUUUGAACAAUGGUGGAAAAUACAUUUGCUCUUAGAA